AUGACCAGUCAAGGCCUGUUAUCAUACCAAAAUCCUGUGAAACUGAUUCCUCAAUUUCCCAAUUUGACACAUCCUACUAUGGAACCACCACCUAAAAAACGACUAUUUAAAUCACGACAUCGCGAGACGCAGCGUCAGAGUAAAACAUCACCAUCCACGAGACCAAGGGAACCGAAUCACCGACCAACAAGUAUCCAGACAACCCGUCUGCCCGGACAACCAAGCAUGAAACCUCGAUCAAAGCGCCACCGUCCCCAUCGAGGUUGGCUAAAAAGUCGGGCUUUCCUCGAAACGCGCAGACUCCUAGAUCUAGCGUACCAGGAGUUCUGUAACGAUCAAACAAAAUCUACCGACGACGCACGACAACCCACAUUAUUACCUACACCUACACAACAGCCAGCACAGUUACUUCACCCACCCUCGCCAUCACCGGCUCCGCCGGCCACGCAUCAUACACUAAAGGCGAAACUACCUUCCCCUCCUUCCCUGCGAUCUCCGUCACCCGCGUUGUCAGACGCAUUGACGGAGCACUUACUUCCCGACAUUUCAACACACACUCCCGACUUCCCUCUCCACUCCGCUCCAGUGUCACUUCGUCCACCAUCACCUAUUGAUUCCACAUCAAGCGUGGAAAUUCUGGAAGAAUUUCCACCUCCUCUCCCCCAGCGCAACCGAUUUGCUAUCUAUCCUGGUGACACCUUCGACUCGGUGAUUAACCGUUUCGAUCGCACCACCGAUCCUCUCCCGCAGGGCACCUACACCAUCGGCCCUGACUAUUUCGGUCCUGAAGAAAUCCGAGCUGCCAUAGGACAACCUCCUGGAACUCACAUUCCA